CAGUCACAUGGACAGGGGCCCUUUUCCUUAAAGGUCCUGGCACUGCCUGCACAGGUUUUUUUUAUAUCAGCUUGCACCCUGCGGAGCCAGAUAAGCAAGGAUUCCUGCUAGGAGAAAAGACGGAUUUGAGCAUUACUGCCACAAUGACAGACAGAAGCCCCUUUGAAACGGACAUGCUCACCCUGACCCGCUAUGUAAUGGAAAAGGGGCGCCAGGCCAAAGGGACCGGGGAGCUAACCCAGCUGCUGAACUCCAUGCUGACAGCCAUCAAAGCCAUCUCCUCAGCUGUGCGCAAGGCCGGCCUGGCCCACCUGUAUGGAAUCGCAGGAAGCGUGAAUGUGACGGGAGAUGAGGUGAAGAAACUGGAUGUGUUGUCCAAUGCUCUGGUGAUCAACAUGCUCCAGUCCUCCUACAGCACCUGCGUCCUGGUCUCUGAAGAGAAUAAAGAAGCCAUCAUCACCUCCCAGGAGAGGAGGGGGAAAUACGUGGUCUGUUUUGACCCACUGGAUGGAUCGUCCAAUAUCGACUGCUUGGCCUCCAUUGGGACCAUAUUUGCCAUCUAUAGGAAGACCACAGAGGAAGAACCUUCAGAAAAGGACGCCCUGCAGCCUGGUCGCAAUAUCGUGGCCGCUGGCUAUGCACUAUAUGGCAGUGCGACCCUCGUGGCGCUUUCCACGGGGCAAGGUGUGGACCUCUUCAUGCUGGACCCGGCUCUUGGUGAAUUCGUGCUGGUAGAAAAAGAUGUCAAGAUUAAGAAGAAAGGAAAGAUUUUCAGCCUCAACGAGGGCUAUGCCAAGUAUUUUGAUGCUGCUACCACCGAAUAUGUACAGAAGAAAAAAUUCCCUGAGGACGGCAGUGCUCCCUAUGGGGCCAGGUACGUGGGCUCCAUGGUGGCUGAUGUGCACCGCACCCUGGUCUACGGAGGGAUCUUCCUGUACCCAGCCAACCAGAAGAGUCCUAAGGGCAAGCCCCCAGAGCAAAGAAAGUGGGAAAGGAGAAGCCGAGUUCUACAAACUGUCAAGAUGAGGAUCUCCAUGGCCAGACUCUCCAAGACAAUGUGCCCUCCAGUGCCCCUCUGUGGAUUGGUCAGGGACAAAACUAGCCUUCCCAAGUGCACCCACCUGCACUGGGGCUUCUCUCAAGAGAGGAAGAAGUCAGAUGUUAAACAAACCUCAAUGUGAUGACUGUUAUGAAAGGGAAAAGACAGGAUUUCACUUAGCUCCGGCUCCUGUAUGAGUGCAACCCUGUGGCCUACAUCAUUGAGCAGGCGGGAGGCAUGGCCACCACAGGCACCCAGCCUGUCCUAGACGUGAAGCCCGAGAGUAUUCAUCAACGGAUCCCCCUCAUUCUGGGGUCCCCAGAUGAUGUGGAGGAAUAUCUUACCUGUGUGCAAAGAAACCAGGC